AUGGAGUGUCUGUUUGACUUCGAUUCCCUUGUUUGCAUUCGAAAUUGCAUAACGGAAUUGCUUUUUCCUUAUGUAGCAGCCCCUUUGAAUCGUGUGCGAGCACGUCAUCGUACCAGUGUUACAGCAAAUGAUCAACUUGAAGAACCCAACUCUUUGCAUCUUACUACAAUACCUAGUACAUCUGCUGGUGUAUCCAAUGUAGUGGAUCGUGUUCGUGAUCAGCAACAACGUUGGAAAGGAAAUGUCGAAGCACAACGUGUUCGUGUUCGUGGAAGUAGUUUGGGCCUCUUUACAACAGCCCCUUUGAAUCGUGUGCGAGCACGUCAUCGUACCAGUGUUACAGCAAAUGAUCAACUUGAAGAACCCAACUCUUUGCAUCUUACUACAAUACCUAGUACAUCUGCUGGUGUAUCCAAUGUAGUGGAUCGUGUUCGUGAUCAGCAACAACGUUGGAAAGGAAAUGUCGAAGCACAACGUGUUCGUGUUCGUGGAAGUAGUUUGGGCCUCUUUACAACAGCCCCUUUGAAUCGUGUGCGAGCACGUCAUCGUACCAGUGUUACAGCAAAUGAUCAACUUGAAGAACCCAACUCUUUGCAUCUUACUACAAUACCUAGUACAUCUGCUGGUGUAUCCAAUGUAGUGGAUCGUGUUCGUGAUCAGCAACAACGUUGGAAAGGAAAUGUCGAAGCACAACGUGUUCGUGUUCGUGGAAGUAGCUUGGGCCUCUUUACAAGUAUGAAAAAUAACAAUGUACGGUGA